AUGAGAAAUUUAAUACUAAUUAACCUAUUCUUUCUCUUUUUUGUUACUUUUGUCAAGCCUUAAAUAGUAACUCCAAACCGUACAGAUAGUUCAUUUCUGUGUCUAAUUGGAAAAGGAGAGGGUCCUUUGGGAAUAUAUAGUAACCCGCUAUAGAAUGCAGAUUAAACAAAGACCGGCUUUUACUCUUUCUGGUUUUAUCUUGAAGAACAAAGGAUCAAUAGAAAUACUCACCAAAUCGUGGACUUUAACUUCACUGAAUCCAAACUAGAGUUGUAGAUGUUCAAGGACAAGGUUAAUUGCUUUGUAAGAUUUACUAAAGACGGAGGAACUCUAAAAGAGAAUGAUUGCAUUCUAGCUAAGUGGUUCAAUGUCAUUUUUGGCUUCAAUAAAACAUCUUCAGUAUGGUUCUAUAGGUAUGACACUUAAGCAGGGACAUACAUUGACGUUGGCACCAAAUAUUCUCACAAAGAGAUUUUUACAAUGAUUAAUUACCUGGACUACGAUAAUGGCGACGAUGUUUGCUUCGGUAUCGGUGAAAUAUCAUUCUGGAGCAUCGACUAGACUAAAUUCUCAGUAGAUGACUUCCAUUAGAAGUUUUAUAGCAUUUCAUACAGAGGAUAUUCAGAAACUAAAUCAGAAUAUUUGGUUGAUCUUUAUUAACCGAGGGCUGCCAAAUCAAACAAUACGUAUAACUUUGCAUAUUACAAUAGAAGCAUGAAGGCCGACUUUUUUGUAAAGUAUAGAGUCAAAUGGAGAGAUGUCUUCAAAACAACAAAGUUUUAUUGCUUUCCUGGAUUUAGAUAUGAUGCCGCUACUAAUAGUUGUGUAGCAUGCACAUCUCCUUGCAAAGAAUGUUCUUAUAUUAGUUCAACUAUUUGCCUUUCUUGCAAGACUGGAUUUCUUUUCGUUAAUUAUCAAUGUGUCGUGAAUGAUUGCUCCAAAGGACAGUAUUUUGAUCUAGCAGCAGGAAAUUGCAAAACUUGCAAUGCUCCAUGUUCUUCGUGUUAAGGAUCUAAUAAAUGCACUUAUUGUUUGCCAACACACAAUUACUUAGAUGAUGGCUCUAACACUUGUCUUGCUGUAGAAAGUGGUUGCCCCGAUGGAAGCUUUUUAGAUCCUGAAGGCUUCAAUGUUUGUAGGAAAUGCAGUGAAGGAUGCACUCAGUGUGCUAGUUUGACGAGUUGCAUGAGUUGCUUAUCAGGCUAUAAUCUUUAUGAUGGAGAAUGCUAGUAUAUUGAUUGCCCCUAUGGAAGUUAUUAUAGUAGCUCAAGCCUAAGUUGUAUCGGAUGUUCAGAUGGCUGUGAAAAUUGUGAUUCUACUACUUGCUUCCAAUGCUCAGCUGGAAUGUACUUGAGUGCAGGCGAGUGUAUUGAAGAAUGUCCGAAAGGUUUUUAUGGCAACAAUGAGUCUAAUUCCUGCAUGAAGUGCCAGGAUAACUGUCUUAGUUGCUAAACUAACUAAUACACUUGUACGUCCUGUGCUGAUAAAUACUUCUUAAAAGACUCAGCUUGUGUUGAUAGAUGCCCUAUACUCGGUUAUUUUGUAGAUUUAGAGAAUAAGAAAUGUGCUUCUUGUGUCUAAGGAUGUGAUAUGUGCCUCGAUGGGGAAACAUAAUGUUCACUCUGUUAAAAAGGAAAAUACUUGACUGCCGCAAGAACUUGCGUAGAUGAAUGUGAAAUAAACACUUUCCCUUCAGACACUGGAUAUUGCUAUCCCUGUGAUAGUGCUUGUAAAAAUUGCUUUGGCUCUUCUAGCACAGCAUGCACAGCUUGUAGCCCUGGAUACUAUUUGACUGGAACAUCUUGUGUAACCUCAUGUCCUAAUCCUUUUUUCUCAGAUGAUUCUAGUAAUAAAUGUGAAGUUUGUAGCUAUUUUUGUGAGCAGUGUACCACCAAAAAAACUUGUGAUUUUUGUGCUUACGGUUAUAUUUAAACUAAAGAUCCAAAUAAUUGCUUAGGAGAAUAUUUUUUAAGGACUAAUCAAACAAAGAAACUGACUUUGGAAUUUAAUAGGAAUGCCCUACCUGAGAAUAGUGACUUGGGUGAAUUGACAAUGGAGAUUUGGUUUAAAUCCAAAAAUAUUGAAAGCAGCUACACUGAAGUCAUUGUUGGAUUGUCACCUUACAAGAUAAAGAAGAAGCCUGGCUGGACGGAGAUAUAUCUUCACUAUUAAGGAAUGCUAUCAUAUUGUGAAACAACAUAAACUCCGCUCUAGUCAAAUGUAUGGUAUCAUUUUGCAUUUACUCUGAAUGAAAUUACUCUCAAAUUAUACUGCUAUCUUGACGGUUAACCAGUAAGCAUUGGGACUAAUCCUGGAUCUUUGAUAGCCAAAAAGAUCUCCAAUCCAAGUGAAAUGGUUAUUGGUGGAACUAAUGAUAAUCUUGGUUUUGAAAAUAAUUUUGAUGGGUGGACUAGAGAAUUCAGAUUGUGGAACGUCUCUAGAACUCCCUUUGAAAUAAAUAACUUCAAAAAUAUAGAUGUGAGCUAAUAGAAAUCCAAACUUGUAGCUUACUGGAAAUUAAAUGAAAAGAAUGAUGGUUCAAUAACUACUUUUACAGAUUAUUCCUACCUAGGAAAUCCAUCUUAUGACCCUGCACCAAUGAAUUCUAUUAAAAAAUUGAUUGAUUACAUGGAUUUCAGAGAAGUUUUCCUUAUGAUAUGUCCCGAGAGCUACUAUGUAAAAUUUUAUGAAAGAUAUGGUAUUUACUAAUGCCUAAAAUGCAACCCUCUAUGUUUGAAUUGUAUUGGACCUACCUCUAAUGAUUGUAUCUAGUGCUAAAGUCCUUUGAAACUACUGGAAGAAUUAUACACUUGCGCUAUAAUAAGUAAAUGCCCUGAAGGUUAUUACCAAGAUUACAAGUCAGGUUAGUGCUUACCAUGCAAUCCCUAUUGUAAGCACUGUGAAAUAGGGCCUAAUAACUGCCAGGCUUGCAAGGUUGGUUUCUUUUAAUAAUAUUUAGGCAAGAGUUGUGUUGAUUAAUGUCCUGAUGGAAUGUAUGGCAACUACGAAAAAUAGUAAUGCUAUUUUUAUCCCAUAAUAAAGUAUGUGAAUCCUGUAGAUGGAUCUGCAUUUUAGUAUGGUAGUUUUAUCGAAUUGACUUCUGAUUUCCUGAUGUUAAAUAAAGAGCCAAAUAAUACAUAUUAUUAUGGCUGGAGAGUUAUUAGAGAAACGGGAUCGCUUGAUAUAACUAAUGAUGCAAUAAAAACUUACUACCAGACUAACUUAACAAAGGUGCAUAUUGACAAUAAUAUAAUUAAAGCAAAUAAUAUCUACUAAGUCAUCUUUUACGUCAAGGGAAAUGAUACUUAUUACAAAGACAUGUAUAUAGAGGUAAAUAAUGGACUAUACAUUGGGACUCCACCUAGGAAUGGUAAAUGUGUGAUAACACCUCUAAUAGGUAUAGCUACAGUCACUAAGUUUCAAAUGAAAUAAUCCUCCUGGGUUGAUUUUGAAUAACUAAUAAGAUACGAUUUUUCCUACUCAAUGGAUGGCGGAUAAGUUUAUAUACCACUAUCAUCAACAAAUCCCCAGCUUCCAAAUUUAAACUACACCUUCCCUCCAAUAUAUGAUAAAUAUUUUGAAGUUAAAAUAAAAUGUGUAGUAACAAACAUCAGAGGGUUCUCGAAUCAAGCCCUAAGUACAAUAACCUUAGAGAAGAGAUCUACAGCUGAUGUAAAUGGAGACCUAGAAAAGCUAAAUCCUCUUCAAAUUACUGACGAAGUGCAAUACAUUUAAGUGAUGAAUCAAAUCAAAUUAAUCACAAGAUUCCUAGGCUCAUUACCAUAAAUCUAACCUAACUAAUUUGAUCCAAAAAUAGAUCCACUGUACUGUACUUCAUAGCAAUGCAAUUUUAAAGGUGAUUGUAUUUUUUAGACUUUCACUAAAAAGUACUAUUGCAAUUGCACAGAGCCAUACGCUGGUACAAAUUGCACUUAUAAUAACCAAACUUAGCUAGGAUUGAUUAAAGAUAUCAGUGAGAAACUAUCUAUAGGCUAUAGUAAAUUGUAAAAUAAAGCUUAUGAACUUGAGUUCCUAAAGUUGACCACAUCCUAUAUUGAGUAGUUAAGCGAUAUUUCAUUUGGUGUAAUUGUAUCUAUUAUGAAAUUCAAAAUGCUUAAUUGGGAAGGCAACUAAUAAAGUGAUGAGGAAUUAAUGAAUUACAUGACAAUUAUUUCAAAUCUUAUAGAAUAUACCUAGACUGAUCUAUUAAAAACUAAUAUAACUAAAUCUUGGGGAAAUGAUUCUACAAAAGCUUAAAAUAUUUUUGAUAACACAUAAUAGGCUCUUGAACUAUUUGAUUUUGUUAGGCAUCUUUCACUAAACAGAAUAAGUAGCUUGCAACCUAUCAAUAACUUUAAGACAAGAAUGAUAGCAUAUAGAUAGCAACUGAUAAAUCAAGAAUCCUUAAUUUCAAUAGAUGCUUCUAAUUUAACAAAGAAAAGCGAAAAAAUAAUGCUAAAAAUAUCACCUAAUAAUUUUAAUGAAGUCAAUCUUCCUCUCGAAGAUGAUUUUAUAGUUGAAGUUAUUGAGUAUUCAUUCAAUCCGUUUGAAGUUAAUAAUACAUAAAAUAUUGCAGGCAAUAUAUUCUAAGCAAGUUUCUUUAACAACUCAGACAAGGCUAAAGCAUAAAUAUCUGGCCUUAAAACAGGACUGGAGUUUUUCUUUCCAUUUUAAGAUAAUCAAAACGUAUCAGAUUUUAUGUCAGAAUAUAACUCACUGAGUCCUUAUAAGGCUAAAUAGUAAUAUAAAAGGCUAAAGAUGCUGAAAAAUAGUAACUUAACUUGUGUUUAUUGGAGUGGAAAUAAAUGGACUUCUGAUGGAUGUGAAUUGUCUGGUAUAGAUCUUACACACAUAAGAUGCUAAUGUAGUCAUUUGACUGCCUUUGCUCCGAGAUUCUAAACUCCAAAAGAUGAAUCGAUAGGUGGACCUGCCCUACCUGAUCAAUAUUAAUCUUCUUUAGAAGAGAAAAAUGAUAAGAUAACGAAAGAAGAUCUCAUGGUCCCAUUAGACAUUUAUUUUAAGAACUUAGAGGAGCUUUUAUAGCAUAAAUAGCCUGUUCCAAUAGAAUUUAUAUUUAAGCCAGGCCCAUAUGUCGUCAUAAUAUUUUGGGCCAUGUACAUUACUAGUUUACUAUAUUAUGCAGGUAGAGAUAAAUAACGUAGAUAUAAAAUGACUAAGGCCCAGAACAGAGAAGACCUCGCUGAGAUUAAAGAUUAAGAUGUUUAGCUUUUGGAUGAGGUAAUAAAAGAAAUCAUUGUUAAGGAUGUUUUUCUUAAAACUUAAUAACAAUUAGAUCAUACUGCAGAGGAUAGAAGGCUACUUAAUGAAUCAUCCUUUGAUAUUACCUUGCGAGAUAAAAUGAGUGGUAUCUAACAAAAAUUCAAUUUGGAAAUGAUUGAUUAAGAUUAGCAGCAUGAAGAUUUGUUUAAUGAAAGUAGCAACAAUAAUCAGUAAUUGAGGAUUCCUUUAGAGUUUGUAGAGUAAUCUUUGCAGUUACAAUAGCAAUAAUAAAGCAAGCUUUACAAGAAUUUUGAGGAUUUCACAAAAGAUGAGUAAAAGGAUAUUAAAAAAAGAGCAAGGAAGAAGAUAUUUGGCAGAUCAGGCUCAACUUGUGAAAGAGCCAAAAAAUUCUACAAACGCUCAAAAAAACAAGUAAGUGAAGAGGAAGGAUCGGAAUAAAAGAUGAAAUUCUUUAAUGAAGCACUUAAAAAUAGUCUUUGGUUGGGAUUACUUUCGAGGACAUCUAAAAUUGCACCAAGACAUACAAGGUUGACAUUAAUGUAUCUAUACUAUGCACUCUAUUUGCUUUUGACUACCUUUGGAUAUAUCUUUGGUUAUUAUGAAAAAUUGGUUGAAAUUAUUUAAGAGUAGAUGAUUAGCUUGGUAGCAGGUGUGAUAAUAACUUGCAUAUUCCCUCUGAUUAUAUGUGUACCUGUGGCAUUAAUAUUUAGAGUACCUAUGAGUUACAGAAGGACUCUAGAAGGUGUAAAAACUAAAAAGAUAAACUAGGCCUUUAAGGAGAUUGAUAAACAGAUGGGUACAAGAUAUGCUAUUGGCUAUUUCAUUUCAUUUUCAGUUUACCUCUUAAUGACAGUAGUUGUUAUAUUCUUCAAUUAUUUUUACCCUUAAGAUUAUUGUAUGUCUUGGCUUUUUCAAAUGGUAAUACUGUUUUUCGUUGAUAUUUUUGGAUUUACAUUCGGAUUUGCUGCAUUUUAAUUAUUUACUUCGCUUUUGGCUGGCAAAUUAAAAUGCUUUUACUAUUUCUGGGCAUUUUUCGAAGUUAUCAGAUAUUAUAAAAACUUAAGGGGCUGA